AUGCAUAAUCGCAUGGCAGCAGGGUGGUUCUAUUCCCCCAGUCAGAUAACGCACUAUCUGGCCACCCGGAUCACUAGCCUUAAGCCUCCCCGAACCAAGUUGGGAAAUCCUUAUCACAUCCUCAAAGAACUAGACAAGCAUCAAUGGCUUAUGUUCCUUGUAGGAUUUCUGGGAUGGACGUGGGACGCCUUUGACUUCUUCACUGUCUCUCUCACCAUCACGGAAAUCGCCAAGGACUUUGGCGUGCAAAAUUCUGAUGUCUCAUGGGGUCUCACGGUCACUCUGAUGUUGCGAUCCGUUGGCGCUUUGAUAUUUGGGACGCUGUCUGAUCGAUACGGACGCAAGUGGCCCAUGAUCAUCAAUCUCGCUCUUUUCAUCGUCCUGGAAUUGGCAUCUGGGUUUUGCAAUACGCUCCCUCAAUUUCUUGGCGUACGAUCUCUCUAUGGUAUCGCCAUGGGUGGUCUCUUCGGUCCGGCAGCAGCAACAGCUCUAGAAGAUCUGCCCUACGAUGCUCGAGGGCUCUUGUCCGGUCUCUUUGAGCAAGGCUAUGCUACGGGCUAUCUACUAGCAUCGGUAUUCUACCGCGCUCUCGUCCCAACCACAACCCACGGCUGGCGCUCCCUAUUCUGGUUUGGAGCCGGGCCACCAAUCCUUAUCAUCGCGUUCCGCUGGUGGCUGCCCGAGACGAACAACUUUCAAGUCAUGGCCGCCGAGCGCGAGGCUCAGCUCCUUGCCGACAAGGAGAGCGGCGGCCACCACCAUGUCAAGUCUGCCGGCUUCAAGGCGUGGGCUAGAGAAUCCUGGAAAGCCAUCAAACUGAACUGGGUGCUCUUCGUGUGGAUGGUUUUCUUAAUGGCUGGUUUCAACGCUUGCUCGCACGGCAGCCAAGAUUUCUAUCCAACUUUCCUCAAAAAUCAAGUCCUGAUGGGCCCGACAGAUGUUACAGUCAUCAGCGUCGUUGGCCAAAUCGGAGCGCUGAUCGGAGGCACGACGUUAGGGUACAUUAGCACAUUCCUUGGUCGUCGCCUAACCAUGCUGAUCGCGUGCGUCUGUGGCGGCGCUUUAGUGCCCGCCUACAUCAUUCCGCGCAGCAUGGGUCUCGUGGGAUCCGCCUUUGCCCUGCAAUUCUUCGUGGGCGGGGUGUGGGGAUCGAUUCCAAUAUUCUUGAUGGAGGUAUCGCCUGAAGCGCUACGCAGCACGGCUGUUGGCUUGACGUAUCAACUGGGCAACCUGGCGUCAUCGGCGUCUGCCACGAUUCAGGCCGUCAUUGGCGAAAAAUACCCCCUGCCUCCUCACAACGGGACGAAGCGCUUUGAUUACGGGAAGGUCAUUGCAAUCUUCAUGGGCGCAGUGUGGGCGUAUCAAAUCGUGUUUUUGCUGUUGGGACCAGAAAUGAGUGAGGAGGAGCGCGCGGUGUAUGCUGCGCACGCGCAUGACCUGGAACGCCUCAGGAAGGAGGGAGUCAGUCUGAAGGACAUCGCUGUGGAGAGAGUGAAGAGUAGGCAGGCUCAAAAACAGCAAGGGUCUGCUGAGACGGAGCAGGUCCCAAAGGAGAAGGCCGGGCUGGGUCAACAUUUGGAGAGUGCUUAGUCGGAUUGACAGAGGGAGGUAUACAUUUCGACAGUGGUCGAGGUGAGCGUCGAGCGGGAGGUAAGAUACAUAUGGACGGAACUCUUGAGAAUCUACUUGUCGAGUUGUGAUCGCGGUAUUCCACUGUCACUGGCGCGGAAACUUAUCCUAUGGGACCUGAGUGUUAUGCCUUGGCAAGCUGGCAACUAGCUAUCUCCCUGGUACAAGAUUUUCAUUGGCAACGCGAAUGCCGAAGUAUCAAAGUGGAC